AUGCGUCGUUGGCAAACCACACGUUACGUCAGCGAACCGCACGUCGUCAGCGAACCACACGUCGUCAGCGCACCGCACGUCGUCAGCGAACCACACGUCGUCAGCGUACCGCCCGUUAACGCAGAGAACGGCACGUCUUCAGCGAACCGCACGUACGUCAACGACGAGCACGUCGUAACAAACCACACGUGCGUCAAAGAACUACACUUCGUUAUCAAUCCGCUCAUCUAG